AUGAAGUUCAACCUCUUUCACAUCCUCGGCGACGUCUCGCAUACGUCAUCGAAGCUCAUACUGAUAUGGGCGAUACAUUCAAACAGCAGUGCUGAAGGUGUCUCCCUCAUCACCCAAGUCCUCUACGCGCUCGUUUUCGCCACGAGAUAUCUCGAUAUCUUUACUUCUUCGGCUACCAAGGAUGGGUGGCAUACGUGGAACUUCUCCUUGAAGAUCUUCUACACGCUGUCAUCGCUGUACAUCAUCUUCUUGAUGACAAGCGUAUACGCACGCACACGCGAGCGAGAGAAGGCAUGGAAGUUCGGCAUGUACUGUCUGUUAGGCAGCGUGCUCAUUACCCCGUUCUGGUACCUUAUCGUUAAGGAUACUCUCAUUGGACAUAGUACCUUUCUCAAGAUCCUCUGGGUUUUCUCCGAAAUCCUCGAAUCCGUCUGCAUCAUCCCGCAACUCCUUCUCCUCCGUCAAACCACCGUACCCACCGUACUCGACUCCUUCUAUCUAGUCACACUCGGCACAUACCGCUUCUUGUAUGUCCUGAAUUGGAUCAUGCGCAGUACCAAGGAGGCCGAUUAUCGCGACCCUACAUCUUGGGUAUGGGGUACCAUACAGACAGCACUCAUGAUCGAUUUUGCAUGGGUAUACUGGACACGUCAGCGUGUGAAGCUUCGACACGGCGGCGUGGUAGACUCUGACGACCUGGGCCGUGGAUGGAUCGUCGGACGGUUCGUGGGCAGAAAGAGCAUGGACUUCGACUACGACGAGGAGACCGCUGGACAGCGCAACGACACCACACAGCCGAAGAACAAGUGGGGCCGAAGAGGCAUCUCCGUGUCUGCAGAUGAAGGUGUGGAAGGUGCGCCAAAGCGAAACAGUCCGGAGAGAGGGAACGUAGACCCAGAGAGCCAACCGCUCGCCGACCCUGCUGCGUUUGAGGAUGAGAGUGAUGACGAUGCGACAACACCUGGUGCUACGACUUCAGUAGCUGAGCAGAGUGGUGUCAGAAGGGAUGAAUGGGACGACGAUGUGGAUGAGGAUGCUACAGAACACGACACAACCUCGAAAGCCGUCAAAUAG